GCGUCUAACAAACCGGAACCAUCAUGCCUGAUCGAAGCCUUGAUUCGCGCCCGCACGUCAUCUCACCACAUGAUCUCGAAGAGUCUGAAAGCUCAAGAAGAUCGCAGCCACAGAUUACAUUUGUCGACCCCAUUAUAUCAACUAUGGUUGCAACACAUGGAAUCACAAUCGAAAUCAUUUCGCCUAAUGGCGACAUGAGCCGCACAAAUCCAGAGUUCGAGAACAUUGUAAGAGCCACCGUUGAUAUUGCAGAUAGUCACGAACCGAGGCUAUCUACUGGUGACCUUCUCGUUAACGGUCAUUUGGAUGAACAAACACUAUUUACCGCAGCUCUACGCUAUGAAGAUGGGAGAACGAGAUCCCUGAUUGUGAAGGCCCGAAUCGAUUUCAAGUACCGUAUUAAGGUUAUCAAUGGAAUGCUUGGGUCGGUGGACGUUGAAACUCUUGAUUCUGAGAAUUGUGGCAUUUGCAUUGAGCCAUAUACCACGGCUGCCACUUUAAGCGAGCUCGAAACAGCGGUAACUACUUCAGAGGAGUCUGGUGCUUUGGACAUCACAAACGGUUUCGAAGAUUCGAUCAUUACCUCAAACGGCACCGAGGAUUCGAUCAUUGCUCCAAACAUACCACAUCACGAUGCAGUGGAAAUGAAGAGAUGUGGGCAUGUCUUCGGUAGGGGUUGUAUUGUUCAAUGGAUGAAGGAGAACAGUACAUGCCCAAUGUGCCGUAGUAAGGUGCCACUACUACCUAUCCCAUGCCAUCUACAGGUCUGGGUAGUUUAGGAUUUAAAAAUGGCGAGCA